GGGCUGUCCGGCGGGCGGGCGGUGGGAGAUGGCGGAGUAUCUGGCCUCCAUCUUCGGAACAGAGAAGGACAAGGUGCGGAGGAUUUCCCCGACUGCUGCAUCCUGAUCCUCAGGCUUCUGCCUGCAGCCUUCCACGCGUCGGGAACGUCUCUAGGUUCUCUGGUUGUUGGAAGCGUACUUGCAAAACCCUCCUAACGAAAAUUUGGUCACCGUCAGCCUGACCAAACCAACGUGUUUUUCCACUUGUAAAAAUGAAAGGGGGCAUCGAUGUGCUACUGGACUAAAUUACUCUUAUCAGCCUCUGACCGUGAGGCUUCUAUUCGCCUUCUACUUUGUAGUGCAACAUGCCAGUUUCAAUUCGCUCGUCUGUCAGAAAAAGCAGUAUCUGCAGCUUCUCUUGAGCUCUGUUACUGUGGCCUCCUUCCUGAUAUAAUACAUUAAAGCUUAACAGUAUGAGUGUAUGCUGAUACAGCAGCCAUGAAAUUCCUUAUUUUCUAAUCAAAAAGCAAGCAGAACUCUCCAGAAAGUGUUGAAGUUGGAGGCACUAUUGGUAAUUUUAUAGUUAGAUCAUUUUUUUUGUUUCAGGGUAGAGUUCAGAAAAGACAAGUCAACUGUUCAUUUUAUUUCAAAAUUGGAGCUUGUCGUCAUGGAGACAGAUGUUCUCGGUUGCACAACAAACCGACAUUUAGCCAGGAAGCGAUGCUGUUGUAAGCUUGCCUGUAGUAGAGACCAGCCAGUGCUAACUUUCAGACCAUCUUGAUUCAAAACAUCUAUCGUAACCCCCAAAACAGUGCACAGACGGCUGACGGCUCACACUACCAUUGCCCUCUUGAACAUUUACCGUAACCCUCAAAACUCUUCCCAGUCUGCUGACGGUUUGCGCUGUGCUGUGAGCGAUGUUGAGAUGCAGGAACAUUACGAUGAAUUCUUUGAGGAGGUCUUCACGGAAAUGGAAGAAAAAUACGGUGAAGUUGAGGAGAUGAAUGUUUGUGAUAACCUUGGAGAUCAUCUAGUUGGAAAUGUAUACGUAAAGUUUCGCCGUGAAGAAGAUGCGGAAAAGGCUGUGAUUGACCUGAACAACCGCUGGUUUAAUGGACAGCCCAUUCAUGCUGAGCUCUCCCCUGUGACUGACUUCAGAGAGGCCUGUUGCCGUCAAUAUGAAAUGGGAGAGUGUACACGAGGAGGUUUCUGCAACUUUAUGCAUUUGAAGCCAAUUUCUCGAGAGUUAAGACGCGAGUUGUAUGGGCGGCGGCGUAAAAAGCAUAGAUCCAGAUCGAGGUCCCGUGAACGUCGGUCUAGAUCCAGAGAUCGUGGUCGUGGAGGUGGUGGAGGAGGAGGAGGACGUGAACGUGAUAGAAGGCGGUCAAGAGAUCGUGAAAGAUCUGGUCGAUUCUGAGCCAUGCCAUUUUUACUGUAUGUCUGCUAGAAAGUGUUGUAGUUUGACCAAACAAGUUCAUAAUGAGAUUUUUUUUAAAGAUGGGCUUCUGAAUAAAAAAUUUGUAGUGAUACAGUAUUCUUUGUGUAACUUGUUUCUUGUGGGGGGAGUCUUUUUAACUGUCAUUCCUCUAUCUUGACAAAUACCUGGAUUAACUAUGCCUGAGGGAAAGGUGGUAAAUGUAUUGGAGGAGCGCCAGUUUUGGUUUUGUUUGGGUUUGGUUUUUUUUCUUUUUUUUUAAUUAUUAUUAUUUGGGUAUAAUUUGAACUGUUGAUGAAAAUGUGUGUGUAUAUAAUAUAAAAUAUUAUAUACAUAGUAAAAAUAUUAUACUGCUUAAGAAACAGUUACAUAAGUUUCCCUUUUCUGCUAUGCUGUCUGCUUAUUUAGGUUAGUUUAGGCACAUUUAAAAGGAAGGCUGUACGAAAUGCAUUUAUUUACCAAGUAGAAAUGCUUAGUUACGAAAAUGUAUGUUUGUUUGUUACCAGAAGUCUGUGCUCUGUCUAUCAAUGUGACUGUGGCAUUUACAAUAAAUCAAAUUUCUUGGUGUAAAAUCUAAAGCCUAUUUCCUCAGCACUCUGGAGUAGUUGAGUUGCUACUCCUGGCUGUGCCAGAAUUCAUAGUUCAAUUUUUUUUCUGAUUCUUGACUAAAUUCCUUGUCUUUGGCUGGAAAUAAAGUUGUCUAGUGCAGUUUGGAAAAAACAAACACACAACCAAAAAUUGCAAUGAUUCACAAUAGGCAGGUGAGGUUUUUUAAAAAAACUCACGCUCCAUGCAACAUGAUACAUGGGAUUUAUUGAAGGAAAUGCAAGGUCCUAAAUACAAGGAUCAAAUGUCUUAAUAGACUGUUUAUUUUUUUCUUACUCUGUUCUCUUAGCUGUCAUUUAAUGAAAAGCAUUUUGUUAGCAUUCGAUGUCAUAGGAAACUAAUUGGAUGCUAGUGGAAUUUUUUUUUUCUGCCUUUACAUGCUUUUGGGUAGUCUGAAGUGAGACACAAGCUAAUGGAUAGAUGACAGUUUAUUCACAAAUAAGCCAUCUUUCUGUCCAGGUUUUAAUUUCACAAUAGCUAUGUAUCAGAGGUUGUGCAACUCUUAAGGAUUUAAAAGUCUAAUUAAAAUGUUGCUGGAACAUCUUGAGAGACAAUUUGUACAAUGGCUGACUUGCAAUUUAAUUUAAUUCAUGUUUGCUUUUAUUUGAUGUAUAAGAUAGUAAGAAAUUUUCAUCACUGAUCAUAUUUCUGCAAGAUAUGUCUUUAUGUACAUGAAGCUAUGUAAUACAAUAUAGCUUUCCAAACUAUAGAAAGGGUAUGGAAGCAUUACAUAGCCUGAUUAACAAACCUGCUUCUCCCUGCCUCCAACAUACGUAUAAAAACAUUUUGCUCACUGGAACUUGGAGCUGGCAAACAAAAUAAUGACAUAUGAGCGUUUCUAAAUAAUUCUGCUUUGCCUCCUACAACUAAAUUAUUCCAUCAAUUCAAUUCCAAUUUUUGUUUGAACUGGAUGGUUUGGCCAACUGGAUUGUAGAAUUUAUUUUGCCAGUAACCUUUUUAAAGAAGUGUAUCACUAUGUGAAGGUGGCUUCAUUGUUUGUUUUGUUGCAAGUACAUAAAUUAUGCUUUAAUUCACUGGAAGAAACUGAGCAGUGCCUGGCAAUAAAUGGUGGAACUGAAGCCUGUGGUAUUUCUGCUAGGCACUAGGAAUUUAACAUUGAUUCUUGUAGUUUACAGGAUAUGAAUCCAGUUCCAUUUCCUCCUCAGAGAUAUUUAGGAUUAUUAGUGAACUAAUUUAAAUCUUGAGCUCUAAAAGGUGAGGGUAGUCUUUCUCUUUUAAAACAGUGUCUAGUAUAAUGUGGAUACUAUUUUAAAAGGUUGAAGAUUGUUUCUACACAGGUUAAUGACACAAGUUGAUCUGCUUUAUAAACAAGUUAGUUUUAAACUAGUGUAAAUGGGUCAGUGUAAUGGCUUUCAACUGUUUAUCUAAACCCUGUUAAAUUGAAGGUAUACUUUUACAUGAACAGAUAGCAGAAGGUUGAAUUCUCCCUCUCCCCUCAAUACAAUUUUUCUUAAAGCACUUUUGAAUUCCACAAAAUGCAUCAUUUUUAUGGCCUGAUUGCACAGCCGCCCAAAAAUUAACAGUGCAACUGGAAUAUGUCAUGACGGGCAUUGGAAGCAUUGGAUUUUACUGGAUACCUGAAGGAAAAUAAACUUGCGCGCUGGUCGUUACCUGAUCCUGAAAUUAUUACCUUGUGAUAGCAUUCAGCAUGUAAACUAAGCUCAUGAUGUAUCUUCAGUUAGGGUCAGCUUUUAAGGCUAUACUACCAGUAAACUUAAUUGAACUUGAAUAUGCAUAAAUUUCGUUGAACACAUUAGUCCAAACUGUAUUGGUUUACCAAUACAAACCAAGUGGAAAUCCUCCCUCCCCCUUCUGUUGUUGCUCACAGUGUUUUAGAGUAAACUUGGGGGGUUUUCCCUCCUUCCCAAAGGCACCUACUUCUCACAAAUAGUUCAUUGUUGACUCUUCUGUUAAACAGUGGAUCUUAAUUUAUGGAGUUCCUUUACCUCAAAUAAGUGACAGCAUACAGUAUUUCCCAAAGUCUGAAUCGAUUAGGUUGAAACUGUUAAUCCCAAGUGGCUUCCUCUUUGUAUUUGGCUCUUAUUCUGUGAAAAUGCUGCUUGUCCAUGAAUAUGUAUGUUGAGAGUGUAAAACCAAAUGGAGAAAACUUGUUCAAAAUAAAGCCUUUUUUUUUAUAAGAAUCUGACAAAAA